AUGGGAAGAUUUUGUACGAAAGGACAAACUAAAGCCGUUCCUCGACGAAAUUACGGCAGUAGAGAACAAGGCCUGUGGUCCGCAUGGUAUGAGCUUGGCGACAAAGAACCGCAAUCAAACGAGGCAUUGAGUAGAUACAAAGCAGGCCUGUAUCGCACACAUUGGAGGAGUUCGACAGCGAGACACGGGCAUAUGGAAAGCUCAGGGAUCUGCAAGGGAAAUGCAUUUCCAAGCCUUUAUGCCCACGUUUUCAUCCAGGCGCAAACAGCUGAUCCAGCCCUGGCUGGACGACCCGAGUUCAGCAUCUUCGGUAUUUUAAUGGAACCCAUCCGAGGCUUCAUCCUAGAAAACCUCCCAGAUCUUCCUGCCUCCGACGCACCGCCCAAGGAACUCUGGAAGACGAUUGUUCAAGAUGCUGUCUACCCAGCAAACGAGAUCAAUAAGCGAGGUGUGGUCGUGCUUGACUGUAGAGCUGGCAACGCCUUGGCAGAGCACGACACGCAUCGUGUUGUGAUUCACGAUUUUGCCCAGUGCCAAUUCCGCGACGAGGUAGAGGCCAGGUAUGCAGAGCAGAAGGCAGAGGCAAGGAGGGCGACGAAGGGGAAGACAACGGGGGGAAAGCUCAUGAGUGGGAACCGAGCGAUGGUCUGCCCCCCAACUACGAAGAACACGUCCGCUUCCAUGGGAAUCAAUCUGCCAUCGGAAUGCCUCUCACAAGCAAGUUGCUGA